UUAAAGGGGUUGAGGGCUCUGGCAGCAAGACUGCCGAGGUGAUCCAUUUUGUAUUAUUUUGUGCUCGGAGUCGAAAGAUCCGUCUCGCCUUUGGGUAAACGAACCCUCUUCUUUCUCACGGCAACACUCGUGCUUUGGUCAUUUUUUCUCUUGGAACCUCCUUGUCGGUGCUGAACCCAUUUGGAACGACUAUAUAGUAGUAUCAGCCUCCACGAUGCUUCGGCCGAAGAUAUCUUUGUGUUCCUUCUUUCUGGGGCUACCGCUGUCCCUGCUGUCGAGUCCUUCCAACGCAUUUUCGACGUUAUCCUUGCGACGAACCAAUGCUCGCGUCUCCCUACUACUAGACAGUAUUACUACUACUACUAGUUCCGUCAAAAUCCGCCUGGACGACAAUGACGAUUUUCCAGACCCACACGCGCUCAUGGAGUACUUGGACGGCUCUUCCGAUUCGGAUGGCGGCGGCGGUUUUCUCUCCUUUCAAGAAUAUCAAGAGCUGCAGCGGCGGCAGCAAUAUCUGAAAAGCUGCCCUCUGUUCCGUGAUUGCAGCAAAGGGGAUUUGUUGAGAACGGCCAAGAGCAUGGUCUUGCAAGACGUGGCGGCGGGAGAAAAAUUGGUCACCCAAGGAGAAACGGGAGCAUCGGCCAUGUACUUUCUCAAAUCGGGAACGUUGCAAGCAGUCGGCGAAAAACAACAACAACUCGAAAACAAGAACAACAAUGCGACAACCACAAUUCCCCAAUCACAAAAACAACAAAAAACAGAAACAGUAAUCUACACUACCUACUCCAAAGAAGGCAGCUUUUUUGGAGAACUGGCACUCUUAUUUGGACAACCACGUGCCGCAUCCAUUGUGGCUUCGGAAGCUUCCAAAGUCUACCGACUCGACAAGGAAGCAUUUUCCACAUCCCUCGUCGACUCACCAGUGUAUGAUACGGCCAAGCGAAUGAUCCUGGCCAAAUACAAGAGCAAACGGAUCCGAGAUAUAUUGCCGAAAAUCAGGAUUGACGAACUGAUGGGCUUGGUCAAGGCACGAAUCUUGACGCCCAAAAUUAGAAAUCUACGUCGUUGGCGCACCACGCUACAAACGUACGCUUUGGGAGCCUGUGCGACGCUGCUCGUAAUGAACCAUAUUCAAGUGGCAGCCUUCAAACCAAUCGUCGUGGUGGCAAUGGCUGUAUUGGCUCACAUAUUGUAAAAUGAAAAAUGAAAAUGAGCCACAAAAAGAAACGCAUUGGAUGUGAAUGGGAUAGAACGAUUAAAACAAAUUGAUAAAGCAGUAAUGAUAGAUUCCGUACCAAACUGUACGUCAUAGAUUGUUCGUUGAUGGAGUUGCGAUGCAAAAAGACC